CCAUCUCUUACUCUUCAGCCUGAUGUCAAAAGCAAAAGUUCAGAAGUUCCUCAUCAAUAAGGAGUCCUUGGGAGGGAGCAGGUGAAGCUCAUCUAACUAGGCAUUUCUAUGAUGUGGCUGUUUUUGACCAUAACUUGUUUGAUUUCUGGAACCUUAAAUGCUGGUGGAUUAGUUGAUUUGGAAAAUGAAGUGAAUCCUGAGGUGUGGAUGAAUACUAGUGAAAUAAUCAUCUACAAUGGCUAUCCCAGUGAAGAGUAUGAAGUCACCACUGAAGAUGGGUACAUACUGCUUGUCAACAGAAUUCCCUAUGGGCAAAGACAUGCUAGGAGCACAGGUCCCCGUCCAGUUGUGUAUAUGCAGCAUGCCCUGUUUGCCGACAAUGCCUACUGGCUUGAGAAUUAUGCCAAUGGAAGCCUUGGAUUCCUUCUAGCAGAUGCAGGUUAUGAUGUAUGGAUGGGAAACAGUCGGGGAAACACUUGGUCAAGAAGACACAAAACACUCUCAGAGACAGACGAGAAAUUCUGGGCCUUUAGUUUUGAUGAAAUGGCCAAAUACGAUCUCCCAGGAAUAAUAGACUUCAUUAUAAAUAAAACUGGUCAGGAGAAAUUGCAUUUCAUUGGACAUUCACUUGGCACUACAAUAGGGUUUGUAGCCUUUUCCACCAUGCCUGAACUAGCACAAAGAAUCAAAAUGAAUUUUGCCUUGGGUCCUGUGAUCUCAUUCAAAUAUCCAACCAGCAUUUUUACCAGUUUUUUUCGACUUCCAAAUUCCAUAAUCAAGGCUUUUUUUGGUACCAAAGGUUUCUUUUUAGAAGAUAAGAAAAAGAAGGCACCUUAUAGCAAAAUCUGCAGCAAUAAGAUACUCUGGUUGUUAUGUAGAGAAUUUAUGUCCUUAUGGGCUGGUUUCAACCAGAAAAAUAUGAAUCAGAGUCGAAUGGAUGUGUAUAUGUCACAUGCUCCCACUGGUUCAUCAAUACAGAACAUUCUGCAUAUAAAACAGCUUUACCAAUCUGAUGAAUUCAGAGCUUAUGACUGGGGAAAUGAAGCCGAUAAUAUGAAACAUUACAAUCAGAUUCGUCCCCCUAUGUAUGACCUGACUGCCAUGAAAGUGCCUACUGCUAUUUGGGCUGGUGGACAUGACGUCCUUGUAACACCCCAGGAUGUGGCCAGGAUACUGCCUCAAAUCAAGAGUCUUUAUUACUUUAAGCUAUUGCCCGAUUGGAACCACUUUGAUUUUGUCUGGGGCCUCGAUGCCCCUCAACGGAUGUACAGUGAAAUUAUAGCUUUAAUGAAGGCAUAUUCCUAAAUGCUAUACAUUGCAUUUACUUUUCAGUCAAAAGUUGCUUCCAAGCCCAUAAGGGACUUUAGGAAAAAUGCUAACCAAGAAUGAGGUCAUCCUCCAACACCCUGGGGGAGAAGCAUAAUGAAGUUUGUUUUCCAAAUU